AUGAAUGUUCUUGUAUAUUCGGGUCCGGGAACCACAAAGCCGUGCGUCAGCCAAUGUCUGGAUACCUUCAGACUUUUACUAUCCCCCUACUACUCUGUGUCAUCGGUGAACGAGAGGGUUCUCAAGGAUCAGCCGUGGGAGUCCAAAACUGCGGUUCUAGUUAUCCCUGGCGGUGCCGAUUUACCAAUGUGCCAGCUUUUCAGAGGAACCAUCAACCAGAAGAUUAAGGACUUUGUUAGAAAGGGAGGGAAGUUUAUUGGCCUUUGCUCCGGCGCCUAUUACUCAUCUUCCCGGUGUGAAUUUGAAGUGGGGAAUCCGGAAAUGGAGGUCAGCGGUCCAAGGGAGUUGAAGUUUUAUCCUGGUAUUUGCCGAGGAUCUGCCAUAAAAGGAUUCCACUAUGCAAGUGACGCUGGUGCCAGGGUAGUGGAGGUUUCUAUUGAUUCGAAAGCGAUUCCUGAAAUGUCCGGUCCUGUGCACUUGUAUGUGAAUGGAGGAGGAAUGUUUGUGGAUGCGCACAAGUUUCCCAGCGUGGAAAUCUUGGCCACAUACAGUGAUAAGAUCAACGUUCAAGACGACGAUGUUAGAGGGAGAAAUGCAGCCGCAGUUCUGUGUACAGUCGGCAGAGGCAAAGCUUUACUAUUUGGUCCGCAUCCAGAAUUCAGUCCCGCUCUCAUGAAAGAAGAUCCAGACAUACCAUCUUUUACUCAAGUAAUUAAAUCCUUGAAAGCCACCGAUAAAACAAGAGUCGAGUUUUUGCGCUUGUCACUAAAGAAGUUGGGUCUCAGAGUCAACGAAAAAGAAUUCAAGCGACCAAACUUGACUCCAUUGUUUUUGAGUUCUAUUGACAACAAAACUGCAGAAGAUUUAGUGUUAAACUUAGAGUCAACCUUGCACUAUCAGAUUCAAAACAUAAUUGAUGUGGGAAAGGAUAAAAUAGCAGUUAAUCGAUUUCAUGAAGGUCUGCACUAUAGAAAUAAUGAAGACGCUCCAGAAGACCCAGAAUUGGCAAUCAAGAAGAUCUACUUAUGCAGCAAUGAGUUGCCCGAUAAAAUCCUCACUCCGGACUUCGAUAUGAAGUAUUUCAGAAACCAUCUUGUUGAGUUCUAUAAAUCAUCAAACCAAGAACUGCUACCCGGAUCAAUUGGGUAUACCUUCAUGUACGGAGAGGUCCUAACAUCAACAUCGGUAUUGAUGGAUAGCAAUUUCAGAUGGCUGCCUUUGUUGCCUGACGGUUUCGUCAUCACUGGAACAGUCCAAGUCUUGGGUAAAGGAAGAUCUGGAAAUCAUUGGGUGAAUCCUAAGGGAGUAUUACCAAACUCUUUACUUUUAAAGCUACCUAUAAAAUCAGCUGAAAUUGCCCCAGUUGUAUUUGUGCAAUACUUAUCGAGUAUGGCAUAUACCCACGCCAUUUUAGAGUAUGAUAUUGGAUAUGAUGAGAUUCCUGUGAAAAUAAAGUGGCCCAACGACAUUUACGUUAAAUCUCCUCAGUAUAUUGGUAAAACGAUAGAGAAGAAUUCGAAAGAAAUCACUCAUGUAAAGAUAGGGGGUAUUCUUGUCAACAUAAACAUUUUCGAAGGUGUCCAACAUUUGGUGGUGGGAGCAGGUCUAAACGUAAGUAACAAGGCACCUACAACCUCAUUGAACACAGUAAUCAAAGCAAUGAAUAAACAUUAUGAAUUGGUCGGCAGUGAAAAAAGAUUAGAUCUCAUAAGGGAAGAAAAACUAUUGGCCAAAUAUCUUUCAAAUUUUAAUGCCAUGUUUGAGAAAUUUAAAAAAUUUGGAUUCAAGCCGUUUCUAAGUGACUAUUAUAAACUUUGGUUACAUUCCAACCAAAUCGUGACAUUAAAUGAUGAAGGAAAUGUUAAGGCCGAAAUCUUUGGUAUUACAUCCGACUGGGGUAUGUUAAUGGCAAAGGACAUCAAAACAGGUAAUGUUUUUCAGCUUCAGCCCGAUGGAAACUCGUUUGAUAUGUUCAACGGCUUGAUAUCACAAAAACGAUAA